UACCCCUCACCUCAUCUCACGCCCACCUUCCGUCACGCAUUCGAAAGGACGACAGGCUCCAGAUCCCAAUCCCUCAAUAUACGAAGGCAUUUGAAUCAUCACUCCCCGCCAGAGGUCGUGUAGUUUUCUUCCCAAUGGAGCACCUAAGGGCAGCAAUAAGCGGACCGCCCUUUGAGUUGGCCGAGAUUCUGGCGCUACAGUCCAAGGCGGACCAGCUCGCCGACACGAUCGAGUCUAGAAGCGAGCCGUUCGACCACGAAGCAUCAGUCAGAAUGAUUGAAGCGCUCGAGGCCCUAGCCGCGGUGGCUCUCGCAAAUCCUUUGAACGUGAAUGGCUACUUCGUCGACCUCGUUAAUAUAGAAAAGGCCUUUCGGCGCAUGCCCGAUCAGGUUUGCCGACUAAAGGCGCUCUUGUUCCGCGCGCUCAAACUCCCGGACCUCUGCAGCCCACCGGCACCGCGAGACGCCGCCCCCGUCUGCCAGUACUGCAACUGGAUUCUCGAGCGGGCCCUUGCCAACCCAGAGAGCGUUGUGCAUGACCCCAUAGGCUUGGGCCGGUGGCCUUACUACACCUUCUCGUACCUUUGUAUCGUUGACGACUGGCCUGAAUUUCCGGCAUUGCGCCAUCGCGCCCGAACCGGCUGCUCCCUCUGCUCGGCUCUUCACGAAAGUGUAAUAGACCAACCGACCAAGUCGGCUACGGACCCGAGAACUCAGUUUUGGCUCGCAUAUGAGGUUGCAUACCUGGAUUCCCCAUUGAAGUUCGAACUUCGAGGUAUUCAGUUGUAUGCAAAUCCGCUUGCCGGCACUGUCAACCAGAAUCCCAUGUAUGAGCGGAUGCAUGACAGCAAGGGGAUAAGUUGGGACCGGCCGAUAGCAGGGUUUUGUGCUGAGCAAGAAGCAGAGACAUGCGCCUCAGAACUGAGCAGCAUUGGCAUCUACCCAGCGGGCACAGACGAGGUUCUAUGCGACCACAAUGUCAGCUUCCUCCGGCGUGUCCUCGGGAAGCCCCAGGAUAAUCGCAUCGCCGGGUUCCGUCCAAAACGGCUCAUCGACCUCGGGCUCGAGUCGAAAUCAGAUCUCCGCUUGGUGAUAAGUCUCAACUCCAGCCAGGAGCCAGUGCCAUACGCCGCUCUGAGCUAUUGUUGGGGCCCUCCCGAAGAUGCCCCCUGGCAGCUGAUGACAACGCCCGAAACCAUCAAGCGGCACUGCGCGUACAUCUCCAUGGAUGCCCUGCCCCAAGUUGUCAAAGACGCGGUCCAUGUUUGCCGCCUGCUCCGUGUCCGCUACCUUUGGGUUGAUGCCCUCUGCAUCGUACAAGGCUGCCUUCGGGACUGGGAGGAGCAAAGUCGCGACAUGGGUCAAAUCUUUCAGAGCUCAUGGGUGACCAUCUGCGCUAUGCAGUCCUCGACAUGCCGUGAAGGCUUUUUGCACACGAAAAACAGAAGGGCCCGCAUCAGAAACAUCGGACACAAAUCCCCAAUCUUGCCGCACCGCUGGGUCAAACUAACACUCAAGCCCUUUAGUCGCAGGGGCCGCAUCGACGGGCUUCAGAGUCAUCUCUCAAAACCGGGCGAAACUUCAUUUUUCCACUGGGACACGGUCGUCUCACCAUGGAAUUCCAGGGGUUGGGUCUUCCAGGAAAAGCUUCUAUCUCCCAGAAAGGCCAUUUUUGGGGACGAAAUGGUUCAUGUACAGGUCGGAGACCAGGUCUUCUGCGAGAACGGAACGCGUGAGAGUCUUUCGUGCGAUGCUGGUGGUGUUGGUCGCUUUUGGAACCCUUCCUCAGCCUUCACCAUGCACAUUGGCAACAACGACAAACAACAUCUGUUGCACAAAUGGUGCCAGCUCCUCCCUGAUUUUAUGACAGAUAAGAAAUGGACAGAUGACCGGGAUGUCCUACCGGGACUUUCGGGAAUCUCCAGAAUCUUCGCGGCCAAGUUACAAGACCGGUUCCUGGCAGGCCUCUGGGAGGCGGACCUCCAUAUGGGGCUGCUGUUCAUGGACUAUACGCGUCGACAGAGUCUGGCAAUUCUUGUUGCCUCCUUCGCAAGAGGCCAGGGCAGGUCCGAGUGCGCACCAUCGUGGAGCUGGGCAAGCCGCCGCGUCAUCCGGCACCACGAGAUCUACGAGGGGCUCAAGUGCCGGACGCGGUCACACAUGCGAGGCGAGAUGGACGUCAUCCAAUCGCGCAUCCGUGUCGAUGGAAACAACCCAUACGGUCGUCUUAUGAAGGGGGGCUCUAUUCUGGUGGCAGGCAGGGCCGUUACGCCUCAAGCAGGGUUUUUCGCCUAUCCACGCGGACCCUUCCACUACAAGCGCUUCAGCAAUGGGUGUAUAGUCCGCCUGGAACCGGACUGGCAACCUGUCCACAGUUGGACCCCAUUACCUCCCGAGCAAGAUCUGACGCCCGUCGAGCUCGAGCACCAGGCCCAAGAAGACGCUGCCCAAGCCGACCUCGAGAGCACGCUCCGGCUUCUCCUGGUGUCCAGCUGCUGCCCCAGGCAGUGGUCAGGCCCGGAAAUCAAGUCCCCUCUCGUCAGAGAGGAGCACGAAGACCAGAUCUGGCCCCUCGACAGGGAGCUCACCCAGGAAGAGCAAGAAGCCAGGGAAAUCAGUUGGGAGAUUCAAUGCCGGAGAUUCUACGAGAGGUACGACGUCGCCGACGCCUUCUUCGACGACGGCGACCUGGACCAAGCCACAGCGUCGGCGGGCUGCGCCGCCUGUCUGAGCGAGGCCCAGGGCACGAUUAGGGACUGCUGGGGCAUCAUCAUCUGCCCGGCGCCGGGACGGGACCGCGGAUACCUGCGCGUCGGCUGGUUUAGCUGCCAGGGCCGUGACGGGGGAUUGGAUCUGUUUGCUGGGGCUGAGAAGGAAACCAUCGAGCUCUUUUGAGCCAAGUCCCUACGCAGAUACCCGACAGACGUCUGGUCAGAGUGUGUUGCAUGGAAAGAAAGCCCCAGAGUAGGAGGCUGCCCGCUUUCUUCCCAUACUUCGCCCUCUUUAUUUUCCUUUCCUCUCUACCUUGACCUCAUUUCCUUGCCUUGACUAUCUGAUAACCGAGAAGUAUACCGACCUUAUAUCUUGCUUCAAUUCGUACUCAUUUGUGCCCCC